AGUUAUUGUUAUCCGGUGUGGGCCUGCAGUACGACGCGUAUGCUGCGGAUUCGCUUGUCCGUUUGUACUCGAUCCGAUAGCUUAUCGGCGACAGCGAUUUUCGUCUCGAAUAAUAAUCAUAUUAGUUUAUGAGUGGUAUUUCAUUCAUCGUUGAUUGUCGUGUGUUAAUUCUAUAUUUUUUAUUUAUUUAUUGUUAAAAAUUAAAAUUAAAAAAAAAAGCCUUUGCGAUACGUUCGCUUUUGGUGCGCGUGCCACAGUCAAAGUUGCAUUUAUGGUGCCGGGCACCACCACCACCAUGGAACAAAAUUUUACGAUGCGGCCGUGUGCCACGGAUUUCUCGGUGGCCGCUAUUCUAGCCCGUCGCGACCAAGGAGUGGCCGCGGCCGCGGCCGCCGCGGCUAUAACGGCAAAGACGGCGGUCGGCCAUCAGAACGGUGCGCACCACCGGCAUCAUCAAUAUCAUCACCGUCGUCAAAAAGAAUCCUCUCCGGACAAUCAGGGAUUGCGGUUGUUGGACGUGAAGCCUUCGAGGAAACGCCGUCUGAGCGAUAGUUCGGCAACGGGAUCGCACACCACGUCCGCCGACGAGGUGAUCAUAUCCUCUUCGACGGCGAGUACCCCGCCGCCCACAACGCCACCCCAGGAACCCCCCUCGUCGGCGGCGACCGACCCCGAGCUCGAGGAAAGGUUCAACUCGGAGGAGCUAAGGCAUGUCGGGUGCCGGUUGGAGACCAAGGACCUGUGGGACAAGUUCAACGAGCUGGGCACCGAGAUGAUAAUCACGAAAACCGGAAGGAGAAUGUUUCCCACCGUCCGGGUGUCGUUCACCGGACUGAGACCGGACCGGAGGUACGCCGUGCUCAUGGACAUCGUGCCGGUGGACAACAAGCGGUACAGGUACGCCUAUCACAGGUCGUCGUGGCUGGUGGCCGGCAAGGCGGCCCCGCCGGCUCCGCGCCGUCUGUACGCGCACCCCGACUCUCCUUUUACCGGCGAUCAGCUUCGCAAGCAGGUGGUGUCUUUCGAGAAAGUCAAGCUCACCAACAACGAGAUGGACAAACACGGACACUUGGUGUUGAAUUCGAUGCACAAAUAUCAGCCGCGCAUACAUCUGGUGAAGAGAAGCGAAUCGUCGGCUUGCCACGCCGUCACAGAUCUCGAGGCCGAAGAAUACAAAACGUUCGUGUACCCGGAGACGACUUUUACGGCCGUCACUGCCUACCAAAACCAAUUGAUCACCAAGCUGAAAAUCGACAGCAAUCCUUUUGCCAAAGGUUUUCGAGACUCGUCGAGGCUGACCGAAUUCGAAAGAGAAACUAUGGAGUCUAUGUUGGGCGACCAUCACACGUUGAUGAGGACGCCGUCCAUGAUGGAUCCUUCGGUCGGCUUGAGUCAGCUGACCGCUGAAGAACGCGCUGUACUGGCCGCCCGGUCACAACUGUUUCUCCGAGCGGCCGCAGCCGCGGCCGCCGCGUCCAGUCCUUACGGCCCGCUGUGCGGCAUAUACAACGCGGCGGCCGCCGCGGCCACUUCUGCCGGCGGUGCUCAUCACCUGUGGAACCAAUGGGCUUCGUUGGGCCCGGCAAUGUACCAGCAGCUGACCGCCGCAGCCGCCGGACCGGCCGGUUCCCCUUACCACCACCACCAUCACCAGUACUCUCAUCAGGCGCAAGGCGGCGGGAGCAGCCCUAACGGAUUCAGGUUUUCGCCUUACUCGGUGCCUCCUACGGCCGCGGCGGCUAUCGGCAAUUCGUCUCCGCCGUUAUCGUCGCCCGACACCGGAGCUUCGUCGUCCGACCGCUCGCCCAACAGUCCCGGAACGUCGUCGCCGCCAAAGUCGUAGCGCUGCUGCUAUUGAGCGGAACGCUUUUCGUAGGCACCGGUCGGUUGUUUUUUAGGCGCGCAAUACAUCGUCGUACGUUUUUUCUCAAUACGUCGUAACACAAAGAUCAACUUUUACAAAGGCGAUUUUCAUCAUUCCUGACCGACUUCUUUUCGGUUUCUCGUUUAGUUUCCAGUCGAUAUGUUUUUCUCUAUAAAUUUCAGGUGCCCGAAAAUAUCACCAAGUCUAUGUGGUGUGUAAUUACUUACAACGCUCAGCAGUCGCUCAUCGCGAUGUUAUUAAUCGUGCUCCGACUUUUUUCGACUCCCUUUUAGCCUUUAACCCCAAAGAAGUUUUCACUCGCGCGUAUUAAAUAUAAAUUGUUCGUUGCGAGUAUAUAUACUUGACAUUAAUAUUUUGUAUUAUACGUUGACUUUAGACCGAAUAUAAAUAAAUGAAAAUCAUUGUAAAUUAUAUAUUAUUAUUUAAUUGUAAUUAUCUACGACUUGUAAUGUAAAUAUAUUUUAAUAUAGUUAAAUUAUUGUUUA